CACAAUCGCGCGACACGCAUUCUUCUUGCGGUUUCUGAGCUGUCAUUAUGGAUCAAGCUGUUCCUCUUAACUCGUGGGAGGAGCAUCUGGAUCCCUGGCAAACUUCAGCAACCUAGUCCAGUUCACUUCCAUGAGGAAGAAUCGCUCCAUCGGGCCCUAAAAAACACACAGCGGAAAACAGGCCCGCGUGCCUCGGUGCUUGUGUUUUUGCGACCUUUAAUCGGCUGUCAGGAAUCGGGAGAGAGGCGGAUCCGAGAGGAAGAACAGACCGCAGGGGAGCGACCGACCGACCGCGAUGAUGGCGUCCAUCGGUAACACCGGCAGCGCCUCUAGCCCGAUGGUCAUUCUCGCCCCCAAAACAAAGACCAAAAAGAAACACUUCGUGCAGCAGAAGGUGAAAGUGUUCCGCGCGAGUGAUCCGAUGCUCAGCGUGUUCAUGUGGGGAGUCAAUCAUUCGAUAAAUGAUUUAAAUCAAGUUCCAGUGCCCGUCAUGCUGCUUCCUGACGACUUCAAAGCCAACACCAAAAUCAAAGUGAACAAUCACCUCUUCAACAAGGAGAAUCUUCCAGGCCAUUUCAAAUUUAAGGAGUAUUGUCCGCAAGUCUUCAGGAACCUCAGGGAGAGAUUUGGAAUUGAAGAUCUUGACUACCAGGUGUCAGUGGCUCGCAGUCCUCCCACGAGAGGUGAGGGACAGGGAGAAGGUCUUCUCUUCACGUCCUACGACCGUACGCUGGUAGUGAAGCAGAUUUCCAGUGAAGAUGUAGCCGACAUGCAUAACAUUCUGUCCGAGUAUCACCAGCAUAUAGUGAAGUGCCAUGGCAGUACACUCCUCCCUCAGUUUCUGGGCAUGUAUCGUGUAACGGUGGAGAGUGAGGACACGUACCUGAUCAUCAUGAGGAACAUGUUCAGCCACAGACUUGUGGUCCACAGAAAAUACGAUCUGAAGGGUUCCCUGGUAGAUCGUGAGGCCAGUGACAAAGAGAAGGUGAAAGAGUUGCCCACAUUUAAGGACAUGGAUUUCAGAAACAACAUGCAGAAGGUGUAUGUGACUGAGGAACAGAAGGAGAAGAUUAUGGAGAAGUUGAACCGAGAUGUUGAGUUCCUGGUGAAGCUAAAGAUAAUGGACUACAGCCUGUUGCUAGGCAUCCAUGAUGUUGCACGUGCCGAACGGGAUGAGGAGGAGGCAGAGGAGCCCAGCUGUGAAGAGGAAGCAGAGUCUGAGAACGGCCUCACUUCGGCCGCACAGGUGGGCUCUUAUGGCACAUCGCCAGAGGGCAUCGCCGGUUACAUGAACUCCUUCAAACCUCUGGGCCCUGGAGAAUUUGACCCUUACAUUGAUGUUUACGCUGUCAAAAGCGCCCCAGGAGCACCGCAGAGGGAAGUGUACUUCAUGGGCCUCAUUGAUGUGUUGACACAGUAUGACACUAAGAAGAAAGCUGCCCAUGCAGCAAAGACCGUUAAACAUGGCGCUGGUGCUGAAAUAUCUACGGUUCAUCCAGAACAGUAUGCCAAACGGUUCCGUGAAUUCAUCUCCAACAUUUUUGCAUAACCACUUCUUUGUAUCCUUAUCCAUACCUAACAGGGUCAAUCUCACAAAAACAUGUCCGGGUUGCAUUUAAACCCAAAAUCAAAAGGAAAAAAUAAGCCUGUUGUUAGGAACAUUGCAAUAUUUUUCAGUCUGAGAUUAUUUUCAUGACAAUUAAGCAUGUUUUCCAUCCAAAUUUUUGUUAUCGUGAUGCGUUUCUACUUUUGUAAUUCUUUUGUAAUUCUCAUCAUUCCUUAUUCUCUUUACUGUACUAGUUGUUUUUGCUACAUUAAAAAUACUGUAAUGCAUUGAUUUCAUUUAAAUCACCAUAUAUUAAAAGCAGUAUGACACAUUCUACCUUGAUGUACAAGUACUUUUAAUAAUAUAUAAUGAUUUCUUUGCAUUACGGUAAUGCGAAAUAGGGGGGAAAUAUGCUUAAUUGUCCUGAAAAUCUUCACAAUGCAAAAAAAUUAUGAUUCUAAAAAUAGGCUUCUUUUACUGUAAACAAAGUAUAAUUUCUUUCAUUUGAUUUGAGGCUGAAAUAUAACUCAGAUAUGUACUUCACAGUUUUCCUGAGAUUUACCUAAAAGAUCUUUGCAGUUCACAUUUUGUGAUUAUAUGUUGGCGAACCUGACAUUCUCAUCCACACUACAUUUAUGAACUGUGUAUCCACAAAUGAAAAGAACGAGAUUCAUAUCACCUUGUGACACAACCCACAAACAUGGGAACAUUUCCUAAUCUUUUAAGGAGAUAUCACUCCGAACCUGUAGCAAUGACAUAACUUGUUCUUGGUGUUUCUCUCUCUCUCUCUCUCUCUCUCUCUCUCUCUCUCUCUCUCUCUCUCUCUCUCUCUCUCUCUCUCUGGACUUUGGAAUGGCAGAGAGAGAAACCGUCUUAACCGAUUAUGGAGGAAUAGCAGUAACUCUUGUUGUCCAGUGCUUAAAGUGCAUGCUUGUUUCACUCGAUAAAUGCUGCACUAGAAUGUUAUGUGGGGAGGCAAGAUACUUUGUUAAAAUUGUUACCAGUGACCCUUAGUAAGGGUCUUGUUUAAAAAAUAUAUAUUAUGAAUGCUGACUGUUUGUAUGGAUGAAUGGAGCACACAAUCUUAUUCUCUCUCAUGUGAGCUAUUUUAUGCAGUUAGCCUUAAUGCACAAAAGUGGAAUUUUGUAGUUUGUAGUAUAAAUAUUCCAGUGAUACUGAGCUGAUUUAGUAUGAAAUGCCUUAUUGUUGCAUUUUAUUUCUUUUGCAAAUCAGUGUUUGGACCAAAUACACUGGGGGCCAAACGUUUGGAAUAAUGUACAAAUUUUGCUGUUUCGGAAGGAAAUUGGUACUUUAAUUCGCCAAAGUGGCAUUCAGCUGAUCACAAUGUAUAGUCAGGACAUUACUGAUGUAAAAAAAACAGCACCAUCACUAUGUGAAAAAAGUAAUUUUUGAUCAAAUCUAGACAGGCCCCAUUUCCAGCAGCCAUCACUCCAACACUUUAUCCUUGAGUAAUCAUGCUAAAUUGAUCAUUUGGUACUAGAAAAUCUAGAUAAGUACAUUAGAGUCUCUGUUUUGAGAAAUAGACACCUCACAUGUCCUUAGCUGACAGCUUCACUGAAUUCUACCCACUCAACACCAGUUUCAUGUACAACAGUAAAGACAAGACUCAGGGGUGCAGGCCUUAUGGGAAGAAUUGCAAAGAAAAAGCCACUUUUGAAACAGAAAAAACAAAAAGAAACACAGGCAUUGGACAACAGAUAAUUGGAAAAGAGUGUUAUGGAUCUUAACCCCAUUGAGCUUUUGUGGGAUCAGCUAGACAGUAAGGUGCGUGAGAAGUGCUCGAAAAGACAGCCACAUCUAUGGCAAGUGCUACAGGAAGCGUGGGGUGAAAUGUCACCUGAGUAUCUGGACAAACUGACAGCUAGAAUGCCAAGGAUCUGCCAAGCUGUCAUUGCUGCACAUGGAGGAUUUUUUGAUGAGAACUCUUUGAAGUAGUUUAAGAAGUUCUGAAAAUUUUUUUCAAAUUGUAAUAGUAAUUUUUCACGUUAUUAACGUCCUGACUAUACAUUGUGAUCAGUUGAAUGCCACUUUGGUGAAUAAAAGUACCAAUUUCUUUCCAUAAGAGCAAAAUCUGUACAUUAUUCCAAACUUUUGGCCACCGGAGUAUAUUUUUCAGAGAUAUUCAAAAACAGUUCUGUUAUUUAUCAUUUUAGGCUUGUCAGGCACAAUUACUGUAUGUCCAUAAUAGUUUUGAAUUUAAAUGGUAUUUUUAAGAGUUGUUUUAACACCUCAAGACGUUUUUACAUUAAGACAUGUUGUUACAUUGUGUUAACAUAAUGCAUGUAACAACUGACUGUAAUUACUAAUAAUGUGCAUUCUUAAGUACAAUAAAAAAACAUUUUUCUUAUA